GUCAUCGAGCGGCGCCAAACGGGCGGGGCGAGGCCUGCGCGGCCCCGCGGCGAGAGCGGAGCGGGCCCGGAGCCCGGAGAGACCCCCGAGAGACCCCCGGGCACACCCCCGGCCAUGGAGCCGGGCCGCCAGGCGCUGCCCCUCGAGAACGCGUCCAUCCUGUCCGAGGGCGCGCUGCAGGACGGGCACCGCCUCUGGAUCGGCAACCUCGACCCCAAGAUCACCGAAUACCACCUUCUGAAACUCCUUCAGAAGUUUGGCAAAGUAAAGCAAUUUGACUUCCUCUUUCACAAGUCUGGUGCUCUGGAAGGGCAGCCAAGGGGUUACUGUUUUGUGAACUUUGAAACCAAACAGGAAGCGGAGAAGGCGAUCCAGUGUCUCAAUGGGAAGCUGGCCCUUUCCAAGAAGCUGGUGGUGCGGUGGGCACACGCACAGGUCAAGAGAUACGAUCACAACAAAAGCGAGAAGAUCCUUCCAAUCAGUCUGGAGCCAUCGUCCAGCACGGAGCCGCCCCAGUCCAACCUAAGUGUCAGUGCAAAAAUAAAGGCCAUUGAAGCCAAGCUGAAGAUGAUGGCAGAAAACCCCGACGCAGAAUAUCCCGCAGCACCUGUUUACUCUUACUUCAAACCACCCGAUAAGAAAAGGACUACUCCUUACUCCAGAGCUGCCUGGAAAUCCAGAAGAUGAUGCUUUAGGAGUGGAUGGUGGUAGCAAGAAACACUGCUUUGUAUCCGUGGAGUGCUCCAGUGCUUCUGUACGUUGUAGAGUGGGAAGGACACUGCCACCCGAGCAGGGCACGGCUGGCCAGGCACGGCCUGUCCCACCCGAGGGGCUGCAGCCCCUGCCAGAGCAGCUCACAGCUGAAGGCUGUUCAGAGAAGUAGGUUCCCCUCAAAGCCUCUGAUGAACACGCAGACAACCUCUCGUUAGCGUGCAUUCAUUAGCCAGAUUAGAAACAGUAACCAGCGUACGGAGCAAAGCACAUCCAAAAAUACUCCAUUUAACUGAUUACUUUUUAAGUAUUUUUGAACAAAAAGUAUUCCGGUUCAUGUUUUAAUGGAGGGGAAGCACUUGGUUUUGAUUAACAUGCUGUAGUUACCAUGGAAAACUUUUUCAUCUCAAUAAAACUCAUUUUAAAUAGAUUUUGCAACACUUCUAGUAACUGUGCAUGCAAUAUUUGAUAUGCACCAAAGCCAGUUGACUUUGCACUUUGAUUUGCAGGCUUCACAAUGUUACUUUAGGAUGUGAUAACUUUAAGCUAAUGACACAGCACAGGUAUUUUCAGUGUCAUUUAGGCUGUAGGUGUGUGCCUCUGUGUAGGUGUGUUUACACACCACUGAUGUGCUGUGUCCUGAGCUUCAGAGUUUGUGUUCAGUGAUCCCCAUCAGUGGUAGCUCCUCAUGAGCCAGAUGUGACAACAUGAGCGUAACUGCAGCCUCUGAGACACCUGCUGAGCCUGUGACCUCAGUGUUUGCCACCCAUCCAGCCCAGCUCUGGUUUCCACAGGCUGGUAAAGGUGGACAGCUGCCUCUUGCUGUGUUUGUGGUGAACUGGGCCUGCUGUGAGCUGGGAUUGCCUGCCCCAGGGGCUGACUCCACAGGUCUGAUGGAUGGCUCUGGAUCUGAUCUGCAGCCCAUUUUCUCCCUAAAUAUCUGCAAAAUAGAGAUCUGAGGGAAAAAAAUUGUUUUCCUUUGUGCACACAGUGCUGUGAGUGCAUUGCCAGGGGGAUGGCAGAGGACCAGGUGACACUGAUCUCACUUUCCAGUGUGUGCUGUCCCUACUCCCAUCAGACCUCGUCGGUCACUCUGGAGUUGCUUCCCCAGCCCUCAGACAAGAGGAGGACGACAGUUUUGAAGGAGCCCUGGUUUGUGCAGGCAGGAGUUGCUCAUUGGCACAGCCCAGGGAGGUUUGUGUUCCCGCAGCAGCACCUCCCUCCAGGCACAGCUUCCUGCUUCCGAACCCAGCACCUGGAACGGAGCCGUGCGCGUCUGGUGGAGUGACUGUUGAGAGAUGAAUUGUUCAGAAGUAGGUCUCAUGCUGUUAAUGUUUGCUUCCUAGUUUUUGGGUACCUGACUAAAGGGAAAAGUCAUAUCCUUGGGAGUUUGUACCCCUCGGAGUGUCAGUAACACCGGUUUACAUUCCUCUGUGAGCAGCCUGUGUUUGUUCCUGCGUGCUCCAGCAGUUGUAGCUCUCUGGGUAUAUAUCUGCAUUGUUUAGAACAGCUCUCAGUUCUGUUCCCGUUAGGAAUUUGGAAGAUACCUGGAUUCAAAGCGGGUGUGUGGUUGUGCUCCCAUCAGAAACAUACUUUGAUAUUUAUUUGUAUUUAAAUACAACUUGUUGAAAUUC